GUCUGGGAUUUUAGGGAAAACUUCAUUUAUACCAUUUGUUUGAAAUUUGUUUAAAAAUGCUAAGUGUUCUUCAUUUUAACUGUGUCUAAACUUAAUCUAUUACUCUAUAAUCUCAAAUUAUCUUGAGAAAUGACAAAAAUAAACAAUAUGACUGAUGACAAAUAUAUAUGACUGUCAGGCAUUUGAUCGCCAGGAUGAAUUUUUUGCUGCUUUUCCCUGCCACGAUUUGUGUGAAUGGGACUUCUCUGUGAUGACAUUAAGGGGAAAGGAUUUGUCACUCGUGUGUGGGAUUGUGUGGUGCUGGCCAUCAUCUGAUUAAAGGGGAGGAAACAGAAGUGAAAAUCAGGUUGUUUCCAGGGAAGUGAUGUUGUUAAGCUCAAGGCAGAAUUUCUGGCCAAAAGACAGGGAUCUGCUAGAAAUCUGCAGAGGGAACAGAUGGAUACACAGUACAAAUGAAUUAUUUGACUCUAUACAUAAUAAAAUAAUGCAGCCAACACCAAACAACUAUUCUGGACUAAACCAGUGGUGUGACUAUACUAUGUAAACAAUGGAACAGGGCAAUGCUUUGAAUUGUAAUAAACUAAAUUUCAUAAUUGAUUAUUAUAAAAAACAGGAUUUCAAAUUUUGUUUUAUUCUAUUGUUAAUACUAUGAGCUAAUGUCGCUGACCUCUGGGCUUAGUGGCUUUUGUUACUCAUCCUAUGUGGAGGUGAUGGUAAACCCCCCUCAUUAUUUUGGUCUUGGGGGCGGGAUUAAACUGUGACGUCACAGGUUUUACAAUCCACAGAGCAUAAAUUAAGGCGAAGCAUCUGCUAAACUGUGGUUGAGGAACCAACUUGGGUCCCAGCACCAGAAGUCAGUUUCCAUAUAUUAGUCCCAGAUCUUUAUAAUUAGGAUACUUUAAAGUGACACUUUGUUGAUGCUACUCUUCAGCUGUGCUCGUCUCUAGUUACUAACUCAAGAUUGUGUGCGCAAGCAGAUUGCCACCAUGGUUCGUCUGGCAAUGAUGAUGUGUGUGGUGGCUAUUAAAUGUGUUUAUGGAAGACGUCCAUUGCCUCCUCUUCCAAUGAAAGGUGGCUGCUAUCAUGUGUUUUCGGAGCUGGAUGUAUACAAAGUGGAGGAUGAAGCUGUAAUUCUUGCCUUUCCAAUAUUUGAGAGUGUGCUUGAAGUACGCAACAUCGCCCCUCCAACAGCGAGUUAUAUCAUCACCAAGGCCAACGGCACGGAGGCCGCAUCCCAUCAGGCCGAGGGCCGGGUCCAGCAACAUAACAGACAGCUGUGGUUCCUGCCAGUGCAGGUGUCAGAUGCAGGAGAAUACAUCUGUACUUACAGAAAUGAAACCUACUGUGUCACUGGGAGUAUCACACUGCACGUGUACAAGAGCAGUUCUGUGGAUGUGGAUAUGGUUUCGUAUUCGAUCUCAGCCACAGUGGGAGAGAAUCUGACAUGCGAAUGUCCAUCGCUACACAACUUCAACAGAACACUGAUAAAGUGGCAUAAGACAUCCAGCCCCACUGCCCUUCACCGAGCAAGAAAGGGUUCCUUUCACCAGGACCAAGGUAAUCUAAAGAUUCCGGCUGUGAAGAGGUCACACGCAGGUGUGUACACCUGUCAGCUCAGUGUGCUCAUCAACAACCAGCAGUACAAAGUCAGCCGACUCAUUAAGCUCGAUGUGGAAGGUUCAAAUCCUGAAAUGACCACUGCACCUGACCGAGUUCCAACCAGCAGCUACAGUACGGUUCACUUAAAUCAACCACCUGUGAUUCUUUCCCCACUAAAUGGAUCAAUUUUUGAAAGUCCACAUGGCUCAGGACUGGAGCUGUUUUGCACAGUGCUCACUGAAUGUGAAAAGUCAGAAUCCACCAUAGUCACAUGGAUGGUUAACGGCCGAUCAGCCCAGCUAUACAGAGAUGGCCGGAUCCUACAGAGGGAACGGAAGAUAACCAAGUUGGCUGCUGGGUGUAUGAUUGAUGUGGGACUUGCUAUUGUAGCAAUGACAGAGGACGAUGUGAAGGCCGAGCUUAAAUGUAUCACCCAGAACCAAGGAGGAAGACGAGAAGCUGUCGUACAGCUCCAGCUUGAGGAUGCUACAUUUACUUGGCUGGUGGUAGCUGCCGUGGCCGUCUCCUGCCUCCUGACAGUGGUGUCUGUCUUCCUCUACGCUCUCUUCAAGCCUAAAAGGAAAAAGAAAAUGGAUUACAUUCUGGCUCGGCAGAACAGCAUCUUCUAGCUCUGUUAGCGUACACAUGCUGUGAAGAAGCAAAGAUCCUCCAUAGAUGACUGUUUUUGUCGUCCAUUGUACAAAUAUGAUGUGUGGUGGCUCAACUACUGUAUGUUGUGUUUUGGUUUACAAUUCUCCUUACAGGAACUCAGUGUUUGUUACACGUGCUACAGUAACACAUUGUAUCAGUUGUACUCACUUUAUUCCUGUAUAUUUUAUGUUACACUCCAUCAAUUGCAAUGCAAUCAGAAUUGCAGCCAACGUUAUCGACACCUCACCAAUGUGUUUUACGCGUGUUUGCAUAGGCUCUGCACAUCUCCAUGCCUGCAUGUUAAUCAAACAUCAGUAGAAGAAUAAAUAAACUCAGGGUUAAACUUU